AUGAAUGAUGAGGCCGAGUCCUCGAGAGCUGCAUUGCCCUACCGGAACGACAACAGCGCUGCAGAUCCGGAUCCGGAGUCGCUGCACGCCGGAGCAGAGCAUCACGACGACGACGACGACGACGACGACGAAGAUACUGCGAGAAGGGAACAAUCUGCCAAAGAGCGGAGGAUAGAUGCAAAGAGGAAGAGAGUGGUCUUUCUGGACCAUUUGUUGCGCGAGCUGGAUACUUUUGUAUUCCUGGAGCUCAUUACGCUGUAUCAUCUAGACUGCUCAUUCUUUUGGUUCACCUGCCGAGCUCUGAUCCAACUCACUCUCCUCACUCCGCUCCCCGACCUUGCUCUCGCUCGUCAAUACGACGAACACAAGCCUUUCCUCCCGCUUAUGUUGGUCUCCUUUAGUCUGAAUUUUCUCCUCCAUCUGCUGUAUUCUGCACCUUCUGCCGGCGAGGAUACUCGGGGAUAUCUCCAUGGUGGAUUGAUGAUUGACUUCAUCGGACAGCUCGGCCCCACUAGCAAAUGGAAGCUCGUUGGCCUGGAUACGGCGAUACUAUUGCUGCAGUUGGUCAUGGUGUCAGUCCACGUCAAAAGAAGGGAGCUGAAGAAGAAGCUUGCAAAGAUAUCUGGAGGAACCUCCGCCUCAAGGUCGGCCGAAGGAGACUCCACAACCCCAGAAGGGCUGAACACCAGACCCACCAACACCAACACCAACGACACCAACAACACGGACCGCGACCAAGAUGCCGACGCCGAAGAGCGUGGCAUCCUACGCCGCACCGACACUCUCUCAGACAUUGGCACCGACCACGACGAAGAAGACGCCCUCCUGCCCCCAUCCUCAGAGACGGGUCAUACCGAUGCCCUGGACGCCCUCGCUUCAGGCCAAUGCCUCGUCGGGGAUUUCCAUCUUAUCGACACGCUCCUCCAGGAACAUGAGAAUUACACGACGUUUCGGCAGACGCGGUCGGAGACGGCUGCAGGUUCCUCCUCGCUCUCGCCUGACACCCUGCGCCAACUCCACACCAUCCGGAUGACAUUUGGCGUAGGUGGUGGAUGA